GGCACGUGAGCGGAAAUAUGCUAAUCUUUUUAUAAAUUAUCUAUUACCCUGCUAUAUUACCUCACCAAUCGACUGCGACCAAGUGCGUAGCUGGUUUGUGCUUUCCCCACACAAAUACCAACAGUAACCACCGUCUGCAUGUCUCCCGCGAGUAUCGCAACUAGCAGUGCGCUCAAAGCGGAUAUUACAGCAAUGCAGAAUGGCAAUAGGACCCAGGGUGAUACUCAGGGGAACUUGGCGAGGAGCUGGAAAAGCCAAAUAAAAGAGGAAUCAGCUAUCAUCCCUAAUCAGCAGGAUAAAAGUAGGGACCCAAGGGAAGCGUGCCGCCGCCACAGCAUUACUAGUACAUUUGAUUCCGAGGACGAGGAAUGUUACGAAGACACGAUUGAUUUCAUACGUCGUUCUAAACAAAGACGUCUAUCCCUCGAUGGACCUCGACCAUAUCUAACGGUGUCCGGAGAUGACCCUCAGGGCUCUAAUGAUCGAUCCUGCCCACGGGUUCACUUUCGUUCUCGUGUGCGCAUAACUGCUGGCAUGCGUCGCAGACGACUUUCCGAUGGACUGCCGUCUGGUGCUUCGUCGAUAUCAGGCUCACCUUGUUCAUCCAUUUCUGCACCAUUGCGCUCUGCGAAUGCUGCAAGUUCAAAAGGAUGGGGCCCGUUAGGCCAGCGAGUAAGUAUCAUUGCAGCACAAAACUAUGCUUCAGAACCAUCAUCGCCUACUGGUCGGCGGAGAGCACGACACAGCAGUAAACCAAUAGAACCAUAUCAUAGUCCUGUGAACGAACACACGCCACUCUUACGACCCCCUUGCAGGUACUCGUACGCAAGGGGAUAUAACGAAGAUAAUAUGAUGGACGAGGACAUGGAGAGGCAGCGAGAACGUGUGAUAGAGGAAACUUUUGGCAAGUGGCCUGGAAGAGUGCUAAACCGCCACUGGUGGUGGUGGCAACUUGAAUCACUUGUUUGCUGCCUCUGCGUAGACUCUGACGUCGAGGAAUAACAUUUCUUGAUUUCAAGCGCAUGUAGGAAAUACCGCUCAGGCAUGGUGACAACGUUGGUUGCUGACCCUUCAUGUUUGCUUUCGCGCUAU